AUGGAGGUCAUUAGAGUUUUGUGUUAUCGGAAGCCGCUCUCAGGCGUCCUCCAACUGCUCCGAGUGAAACGAGAGCCUUCCGGAGGGCGACAGUUGUCCGGGCACUGCGCCAAAACUCUCAUUUGCUUCGGUGCAAAAGAACGCGAAUAUGACGGAUACGAGGAGAUUACAAAGAUCGACGAGCCGAAUCGUCGUGCGGUUUGGCGUUGGGCCAACGCCGCCGAGGACACUAGAGAGAGGGGACCAAUUGGUCAACAACGCAGGUACGAUCUCUAGAAAACGGUAGGGAUGAAGCGGAUUAGUUCAGGUUGGCCGCCGAUGGCCGGAACAACUUGUUUGAGAAGAGCGCUGUCAUCAACGCUUAA